CUUCCUUUAACUUCUUUAGCUCUCAAAAAACUCCAUACCCAUCCAACACCUGGCCGUCUAAUCAUUUUACUCAUUUGAGGAGAAAAACUACUAAAAUUUUGGUUUAUUUUCUUGUGAGUACAACCGGGAAAAAUGGGAAGAGCACCAUGUUGUGAAAAAAUGGGGAUGAAGAGAGGACCAUGGACUCCUGAAGAAGAUCAAAUCUUGAUCAACUAUAUUCAUCUCUAUGGUCAUUCUAACUGGCGAGCCCUUCCCAAACACGCAGGAUUACUUAGAUGUGGAAAAAGUUGCAGACUUCGUUGGAUUAAUUAUCUGAGACCAGACAUCAAACGUGGCAAUUUCACCCCUCAAGAAGAACAAACUAUCAUCAAUCUACAUGAAGUGUUGGGCAACAGAUGGUCUGCGAUUGCUGCAAAGUUGCCAGGACGAACCGACAAUGAAAUAAAAAAUGUUUGGCACACUCAUUUGAAGAAAAGACUCAACAAAAAUCAAAACAAUGGCGGAGACGCCAAGGACAUUAACGGUUCUAACGACACCACACACGAAGACAAAGAGCCUGUGAUGGUCUACACAACCUCUCCGCAACAGUUUUCAAAUAGCACUACGACACUCGACAUAUCAGAUAAUAAUAACAAGGACGAUACGAUGUCGCACGAGGAUAUUUCUGCAUUGGUUGAUGAGAGUUUUUGGUCAGAGGUCGUAUCGGUAGAUAAUUCGAGUAACAAUGAGAAAAAGAUUGAAGGUUGGGAAGGAUUGCUAGAGAGGAAUAGUAAGAGACAUAGUUAUAAUAACUCGAAGUUGUAUAAUGAUGACAUGGAGUUCUGGUUUGAUCUUUUCACUAGCUGUCGUAGGAUUGAAGCAUUUUCCGACAUACCUGAGUUCUGACUUUGAGUUCGUGUUGGUUUUUGUCCUUAAGGCUUGAAAGAGUCUUUUUGUAAACCAAAUGAAUAAAUUUAAAAAGUUAUAUUUGUUUCCUCUA